CAGGAAGCCGUGGUUACUGUGGUAAACAUUCGCUUGCAGGUGCUUGUCUGCUACAGGAGAAUUUGUCUUCUUAUUUAAUAAAUUGUUUAUCAGGACUGGGCUGUUGACUAAAAUAAGAUUUUAGUACCAUGGGUGAUAAGGAAAAGAAGGCGCCCGUGAUGGCAGGCAGAAAAGGCAAGGAGAUCGCUUUACAGCAGGAGAUAGAGACCCAGGAGGAGUGGGAGGACAUGCUCUCCAAGGAGGGACUCUGUGUUGUUGAUGCUUUUCAAGAAUGGGCAGGACCAGUAACGCCACUUAUUCCAAAUUUACGACGGCUUAAAAAUGAGCUUGGAGAUGAUUUGUUGAGAUUUUUUGUCGCCAAGGUGGACACAGUUGAUGCGCUGGAGAACUACAGGGGGCGCUGUGAGCCGUGCUUCCUCUUCUACGCUGGUGGUGUGCUGGUGGCCGUGGUGCGGGGAGCUAACGCCCCACUCAUUCUCCGUACCAUCACGGAGCAGCUAGCCCAGGAACACAAGGUGCUAGAUGGACAGGCAGAACGAAAGGAGAUCAAGGACACAUUGAUUGCUCAGUCGGAUGUCAGGGACAGAGAGGAAGAUGAUGAGGAGGAGAUGGAAGACCAUAGGAUGAACUUUCAGGGCGAAAUCAUUGACUUUGGUGAUGACCUUGAAAAUUCAGGCCAAGAGCCAGUCAAGGAGGUGUCUGUAGUGAUCAUCAAACCAGAUGCAGUCCAGUCUGGCAAGGCAGGGGACAUCAUUGCGGAGAUGAAGAAGCGAGGCAUUGAAAUCCUGCGUCAGGAGGAGAGACAGUUGACCAAGGAUGAGGCCGCAAAUGUCUACACACACCUGCAGGAUGAGACAUACUUUGAUGACCUGAUUACUUUCAUGACCAGUGCCCCGUGCAUAGUGAUGGCCAUAACAAAGGGCAAGACUGGGGCAAACAUUAUCAAGGAGUUCAGAGAACUGAUUGGCCCCCGCGAGGUGGAAGAGGCUAAGGAGCAGGCCCCAGACAGUUUGCGUGCCAAGUUUGGCCAAGAGAAGUACAUGAAUGCUGUUCAUGGAAGUGACAGCUCAGACACAGCGGCGAGGGAGCUGGCAUUCUUCUUCCCAGACUUUGUGGCGCCAAGAAUUGAGGGCAAACCAAAACUACAGAGAACUCUCGCCCUAAUAAGGCCGGACGCUUACAGAGAACACAAAGAUGAGAUUAUUGCCAAGAUCCGUGAGGCUGGAUUCAAGAUCGCCAUGUCUCGGGAGGUCAGACUGAGCAAGGAUCAGGCAGAGGAUUUCUACAGUGAACAUGCCGGCCAGGAGUACUUUGAUGAACUCACCACCAGAAUGUCCAGUGGACCCCUGUUGGCAUUGGGUCUGGCAAGAGAGGAGGCCAUUAAAGGCUGGAGGGACAUGCUGGGCCCCAAGGUGGUCUCUGAGGCAAAGGAAAAGCAGCCUGGCAGCAGUGAUGCCCACAAAACUGAGAGCCUGCGCGCCCAGUUUGCAGUAGAAGGUGCACAGAUCAACAUGCUGCACGGUUCAAGUACAGAGGAAGAGGCAAAGAAGGAGAUCGAAUACUUCUUCCCCGUAGAACAGACAGUGGCAGUCAUCAAACCAGAUGCCAUUGGAACUAAAGAUGAGAUCAUAGAGAAGAUCCAUGAGGCAGGGUUCCGUAUCGCAGCCAGGAAGGAGACCACCCUGUCCCGUGAGAUAGCGGAGGAAUUCUACGCUGACCACAAGGACAAGCCAUACUAUGAGCAACUUGUGCAGCACAUGUCCAGUGGCCCAACCUACUUCAUGGUGCUGUCCAGGGAGGGGGCUGUGGAUGGCUGGAGAUCCAUGAUCGGACCCAAAGACCCGCAGGAGGCCAAGAAUGUGGACCCUGACACGUUACGCGGCCAGUUUGGCACAGAUGUCUUGAAGAAUGCAGUACAUGGAUCCUCCAAUCCCGAGCACGCUAAACAGACCAUCUCCAGAAUAUUUGGUGAAUUAUCCUUCAGUAGAGAUGGGUCUGUCUCAGACAAGCAAGAAGCUAUAAUGGUACAACGACAGGAUCUGUCUGAAGUGGCCCCAGAAUAUGACCGAGGACCACAGAAGAGAGCAAAAUCUCCGAAAGUAGAAGGGGAGGAGCCUACUGAGAUAGAUGCCAGAGAGAAUUCAACAAUAAAUGAGGCGGAGGUGGAGCCCAAACAAGAUACAGAGCUGGGCUCUGAGGAGACCCCGCCCGGGGAAGCAAAAGCAGAAGAGCCUCCCAAAAAGGAGGAAACUCCACCAAAAGAACAGCCAGCCGAAGAGAAACGGCCGGUAGAAGAACCUCCCGCGCAGCAGCAAGAGCCAGAAAAACCUGCAGAGAAGGAAACUCCACCAAAAGAACAGCCAGCCGAAGAGAAACGGCCGGUAGAAGAACCUCCCGCGCAGCAGCAAGAGCCAGAAAAACCUGCAGAGGAAAAGGCUCCUGAGCCACCCAAACCAGAAACAACACCUGAGGAACCCAAAGCAGAGGAAAGAGAACAAAAGCAAGAAAGUGAAGAACACACAGCAGUUGACAGUGCACCUGCAGAACCCAAAGCAGAAUCAGAAGCACUUAAAGAAGAAGAAAAGAAGGAAGAGACCGGUGAAUCUAAACCUGAAGAACCAGCAGAAGGAGGUCAGUCCUAAAACAAGUUGUCAUCAAAGCUGUAUUCAAUGGUACAUUGAAAACCAUAAUGUGAUCUACUUCUGGACAAGCCCAAUCAGCAGAUUCCACACAGCAACAACAGUGACAUGAAUUAAUUCAUUCUCAAUAUGUCUAGGAAUCGGAAUAGUUCCAACAUACGAGCAUGGCGUCACAUUUUGGUGAGACUACGGACCUAAAGACUUGAUAGUGUUGUCAAGCACCAGGCUGGUUUCAGAGGAGUGUGAUAGUGGUUGUUGCAUUUUGUACACAGAAUAAACACACUUGUAGAAUUAAAUUUCAACAAACCAUUUGUGUGGAUUAUCAAGAAGUUUUAAUGAAAUACUGAAAAGUGAUCUUAUUUUGAAAUCAGUUUAAGCAUAAAAGUAUAUUGUUACUUUCCUUAUUUAUUAUUAUGUGUUUGGUUAAAAGCUUAUAAAAUAAAAAUAAGAAUAAUCAUA